ACCUGCCUCCCCGACUGGAGAACAAACCCAGCGCAGAUAGCGAAAGUACAUGCUUAGCGCAACCUGUGAGCCGCUCUACAGAUAUUUACAUGGCUCGGCGGCCAAGAAACAGUGUUUACAGUAGUGAGGAGGAUGAGGAGGAGACUGAGAUGUAUGAACAUGAUUAUGAUGGAACACUGGCCAAGGCAGGGAAACGACACCUCGGCAAAACACGCUGGACACGAGAAGAGGAUGAGAAGCUGAAGAAACUUGUCGAGCUUCAUGGAUCAGAAGACUGGAAACUCAUUGCAAGCUUAUUAACUAAUCGUACAGAUGUGCAGUGCCAGCACAGGUGGCAGAAGGUUCUCAACCCAGAACUCAUCAAAGGGCCAUGGACCAAAGAGGAGGACCAGAGGGGUGGCAGAAAACAGGCUGUUCCUGAAUCAGCCAGAGGCAGACGUUUUCUGGGAGGGCAUGGAGCUUAG